AUGAAUAUUAUCUUCAUACUCACGUUGUUUGUGGGUCUCGCUUCAGCUAAAUACAUAGUGAAGUAUUCACUGGAAGACGCUCGCGCUCUGUUCGAGGAGUUUAUAAGAACUUAUAACAAAAAAUACGAUAAAGCGGAGAAGGCGAUGAGAUACGAAAUAUUCGUGAAUAAUUUGGAGCAAAUUAAUAAGAACAACGAAAAAAACAAUCACACUGAAUUCGGUAUAACACAAUUUACCGACUUGACUUCCGAAGAAUUUAUAAAACAGCAUACAGGAUUCAAAAGCGGUAACCUUGGUGACUACUGUACUAUCGGGGAAGAUGUUUUGGACUUAAAGCCAGUAGAAGUUCCUGAAGAAUUUGACUGGCGAUCUAAAGGAAAGGUUAGCCCAGUAAAAGUUCAACAUCAUUGCGGAUCAUGCUGGGCGUUUAGUACUACUGGUAACGUGGAAAGUGCUUACGCAAUCAAACAUGGUAAAAUAGUGUUAUUAUCAGAACAACAACUGAUCGAUUGCGACAAACAGUCUGAUGGUUGUAAUGGCGGUUUUCCAGCUUAUGCAAUUAACUAUCUAAUGAAAAACGGAGCUAUGGCUGAAGAAAGUUAUCCGUACGAAGCAAAAGAUGGUCAGUGUAGAUUCGACAAACAAAAAGUUCAAGUGCAAGUCAAAGGUUGCACAAACAUAAAAGCAUCAGAAGAUCAGUUACUUGAAAAAUUAGUGCAGAUCGGACCACUAUCGAUAGCACUGGACGGCGAUGCAGUGAAACAGUAUAAAGGUGGAAUUAUGAUUGGUGAUUUUUGUCGAGGACAAGAUGUCAAUCACGCAGUAUUGCUGGUUGGUUAUGGAAAAGAUAAAGAUGGAACACCAUACUGGCUGAUAAAGAACUCCUGGGGCGAGAACUGGGGUGAAAAUGGUUACUUCAAGAUCCAUCGAGGUGUAAACUGUGUCUUAAUGAUGACGCUGGCACCGGUAACUGCUGUCAUUGCAUAAAUUGUUUUUGUGAGCGUGAACUUAGCGAUAAUUGUCCAUAAUUAAAAUUUCAGUGAUUUCUUCUUUGAUUUUCUUUUUCUUUUUCUUCUUCUUUUGAUUAAUUUCUUUUUCUUAAUUAAUUAAGAAAUGUUAACUUGCAUGUUUAAUGUUUUUAUUCUAUUUUUUUUUUCUUCUAAUCACUUGUAUGAAU